UAUGUUGGUGUGUCUGAGCGGUUCAGAGAAGAGUUGUCUGAGGAGAGUGUCCUUCUCCCAUCUGCAGCCCCAUCAGAGGGUCAACAUGAUACCUGGGCUGGUGGGGGCCUUCUCUGAUGUGGACGGGCUCUGUCGCUUCCAGACAGACAGCCGGCUAGCAGGCCUGGCAUUACGCAUCAAUCCAUCUGCCUGUGGAUCGCCCCUCCCCAAGCUGGGAGAUGUUCGUCAUGUGGCACAUGGUGAUUGGAACCCAGCUACCACCACACUUAACUUGGUGAGCCCUGGCCUCGUUGCCAUGGUGACGGUUUAUGUCCUGGUUACCUCGGUAACGCCGCUCACAGCCUUCCUUCAUCACACGGGCCUGGUCAGGACAAGCGAAGACACGGACAGCCACACCACACAGCUCAAGCCCUUUCUUCUGCAGCAGCUGGGUCCUGAUGCAUCCCAUGAGGCCUUGGACCAUGUGAAGGAGGUCAUAGGUCAGGUGUUGAGGGUGGCAGCAUUGACCAAUGAGGAGCCUAGCUCUCGGCACAGGUGGUGUCUCCUGUGUUUCCAGCUGAUGACAUUCACUCUUCAAUUCAGUGGUUCCCUUCUGCCUAUCAUAGUGAAGGCUGAGACUGACCUGCACUUUGAUGGGCUGAGGGACCCCGGGUUUGACGGACAGAUCACAAAAGAGUUCAUCCUGGAAGAUGCUCUUCUCUUCCUGCUCCCAGCACACAGUGGACAGGCCAGACGGAAGAGCCCCUCACACAGCGAGACAGACGAUGGACAGAGGUAUGGUGGCUGUGGGGGGACAUACGGUCUCUGUCUACCAGAACACCAGACUCUCCUCCUACUCCAGUUCGUCCGUCAGCUGAGGACACCGGGGCCAUUUGAACUGCUUUAUCCCGCAGCUUCUCCACAGCGCUCUCCUAUCCAAGACUUUCUCUUUCGAUCGUUCCCUAGAGCGGAGGAGUCUGGGAGUGGGCUGCAUUUCUCAGCAUUGUUGGACAGAGUCUGUUCUCAUUAUACAGAGCAAAGGAACCAGACUUACAGGACCAAUGAAGCAGAGACACAGACCGGGUGGGACCAACACUCAGGCUCCCAGGACCUCCCUGGAGACAGAGAGCGGUGUGUGGACCCCCACCUCAGACAACUGUACACAGACCCCCCUCUGACCCUCAGCCCCCCCUUCAGUCCCUGGGUGAAGGACUACCGUGCUGAGGUCCCCUUUGACGUGGUGACCCUACGCCUCCGCCCUGAGCCAAUCAGCCCAGCCUGUCACAUACACCUGGAUGAGCACAGAGGACCUAGAACAGCAAACUACCCGGUCGGCCUGGGCAACAGCAUAAUCAACAUCCUAGUGACGGACGAGUCGCUCACCACAGAGCCCGAGCUCAUUGUCAUGACAAUAUACACUCUGCACAUGUACCGCGAGAGCCGUCCCAGCCUGCCCAUGUUUGGGGAGCAUGUGAUGUGUGGCUUCGUGCAGGACUGUGGCCUGGUGGUGCAACCAGAUCAGCCCUGUGGUUUGGAGCCACUCCCUGGGCCACUCUCUCCAGGCGAGCCCCAGGCCCCAACUCGGCCCUGUACCUCUGGGGAUGUACCAGGUCGUUGGGUGGUUCCUUGCCUCAGCUGUGCCGACAACCGGACCUGUGACUGGAGAGAGGUUGCCUGGCAACCCGAGGGCUGUUACCACCCCUUGCUGGACCUCCCCCAGCUGCAGGACUGCAUGAUGUACAGGAAGGUAAUGUUCAUAGGUGACUCCACUAAUCGGGGGAUGAUGUACUUCCUGAUGGAGCGGGUCAACUCUAGUCUGGAGGACUGGGGCAAGGCCCACGACAGCCUGGUCUAUCGCAACGUCAAUCAGGGGCACACACACGUCUCCUACUCCUACUACCCCCAGUUCUGGCUGGAGCAGAGCCACAGACCCACCUUCCAGAGGGCCCUGGAGCAGCUCAUACUGAGGUCGCGACCCCUGGAGAACUCCCGUCAGUCUGUGCUAGUGGCAGGAGGUGUCCAGUGGCUCAAAACCAACCACCUAAGGAUCAUGAGAGAAGUGCUGGAGAGGGAAGGGCUACAGGAUAUCAUGGUGGUGGUGAAGUCUCUGGGCAUGGGCUUCCAUCUCCCUGUGGACGGCAUCCGCUCUCUCUCACUGAGAGGAGUACAGGAGCUGUACAGAGAGAACAGCAACAUCAUCACCGCCGCAAAGCACUAUGGGUAUGAGGUCAUAGACACAUUCAGUGUCACCAUGGGCCGCUACAAAGAGUUCCUGCAGGGACGGUGCGCCUGCCAUUUUCAUGAGGUUGAAAAGCUGUCGUUCUCCAAGGCUCCGCUACACAGGAAGAUGAAGCUCCUUCGACACGGCGAGGAACCUGGAACCAGAACCAGUGGAACUGGAACCGGGUUCAGUGAUCAGCCCACCCUGCAGCACCAGGACCAGUGGGCGGGGUCUAACUCCUCCACCUAUCAUGUGAGAGGAGCGGUGAACCAGGUGUACUCGCAGAUCCUGCUGAGCAGACUGUGUGUGAGAGACACGGGAAACUAGACCCACCCCUCACCACCACUGACUGUGUGUGAGUGUGUUUGUGUGUGUGUGUACUUGUGUCCUUGCUUACUAACGUGCAUGUGUGUGUCUCUGU